AUGGAAGUCGAAGACAAACUGAGUGCUGCAGUGGAAGCCCGAGCUCGCCAAUCGGACGAAAUGGAUCGCAGACGCUCGUUUAUCACGGCAACUGACCGUGUGCACGCCAACCGCAAGAUGCAAAAGCAGAAGGAGGAACGCAUUGAAUACAAGGCGUCUUGUGAGCGUGCUGCCGAGCUGGAAGCAAGGCAGGCUUGGGCUGCCAUCGCCGAGCAGGUAGCUGCUGAAGUGCGUACCGCCACGCUCACGUGGCUAGAUAGUAUCGAAGCAAAAGAUCAGAUAAACGCCGAGGCUACACGAAUUUUCGAGACAGAUGCGAAGUGGAUUUGCGACGAGCUAGCUCGAGACCCAGACAAUGCUCCGUUCAGAAUACUGCCGCGGGGUUGUCGCUGGCAAGUCUUCUUGGAAGCCCCUCAUGGCGCUGUAACACGGAAGCUCACCAAGGCAUUUUACCUAAACACGGUGACGUAUGAGAAGCAUUGGUGCGAUGAAGUCGUCAUUGAGGAGUGCGAAAGCAUUGCUCGGGAGGCUAUUAUCCUGUGGCGAAUCGAUGAUGCACUUGUACGGCUCAACGAAAAGGAGGCCGAGUGGGCUCACCAAAGGCGCCAGAACAUCGCCGCCACACGUAUCCAGAUGAUGUUUCUUUGUCGACAGGCGCGGUCUGUGUGUCGGCGCAUUAUCCGGAACUCAUUUGUCAAACGGAUAGAGCCCAGCUCGGGCGAAGUUGUGUAUUUCAAUCUUGCUCGACCGCAAGAAGUUCGACGGCAACCUCCGAAGUUGAUUGGUAGUGACGAGCCUCUCAUUCCUGUCGAGUCUUCAACUUGGGUGUAUCGUCAAGACAACCAGAGCAGCGGGUACUAUGAGCGGAUAGACACGGGCGAGACGUCGUGGGGACCCCCAGAUCACUACAUUCUCUGUACGCGCUGCUCCGUUCAUUUCGUGACGAGGCGAAAAGUGUCGAGCGGCGCUCGCUACUGCAUCGGAUGCUAUGCGACCUUCCGUUAUGCUGCCAGAAGGGAGAUAGCGACUCUUGUCGAGGAAGAUAGCGGCUGGACCAAGAUGCCUGUGCAGCCUGCGAUCUGCAUGGUUUGUCGAAAUGCGGCAGCCCACUUCGUGUGCACAGACUGCAAGCACGACGCCACAUGUACACGUUGUUUCAACGCAGUGCACGGGAGGCUUGCAAAGAGCAAAACUCAUAGUGCGCCGAUUCCGCUAGUGAACCGGUUAUCCGAGUCCAAUAUGAGGGCGUGA